AUGUCCAUUAAAAGAGGCCCCGAAGACUACAGCAAACCUGCCAAACGCCCUCGACGCAACGACGACGAUGAGUACCUAGAUAUUGCUGAUGAAGACGACGUUAUUCCACCAUCUCCACCUGAUACCUCCCUUGUACCCCGAGCUGCAACCAUUAAUUUCACUGCCUUGACACGACGCCUGGCCGAAGGUCGCAAAAGCAAUGAUGAUCCAGCUGAAAUGACGUCUCUUGAGGCACAUCGCCGGAAACAGGACGCCCUCGUCUCCCACAUCUUUAUGGACCAGGAUUUCUCCUGGCUACAUCUGAAACCCGACCAUGCUUCUCGACCUCUCUGGAUCAGCCCCGAAGAUGGUCACAUCAUCCUUGAAGCUUUCUCUCCAAUUGCUGAACAAGCACAGGACUUCCUCACUGCUAUCAGCGAGCCUGUCAGCAGGCCGGCAUUCAUCCACGAAUACAAACUCACCUCGUAUUCGCUCUACGCCGCUGUUUCUGUCGGCCUCCAAACGGAGGAUAUUAUUGAAGUACCCGUUCCUGAAACCAUAGUCAACUUCAUCCGCGAGCGAACGUUGAGUUACGGAAAAGUCAAGCUCGUCCUGAAGCACAACAAAUACUUCGUGGAAUCCAGCCAUCCCGAAACGCUCCAAUUCUUGCUGAAGGACAAAAUAAUCCGUGAAGCUCGUUCGCAGGCGCCCGUUGUCGACUCCAGUAUAAAGGCCUCCACAUUUACGACGGCGAAGGCCCCUGUGCGCGGUAACCUUGCAAUACCUGGCACCAAGGAGCCGGAAAAGAAGGAUGGUGCCACUAAUAUGCCAAAUACUUCUGAUGCGCAACUGUUCACUUCUGUAGUUGGCGUGGAAUCAGAUGAUAUUGAGGAGGACGAUGACAAUGUCCAUGCAUUCGAAAUCGAUGAUGCUAAGAUAGACGACGUAAAGAAACGAUGCAACGAAUUGGAAUACCCUAUGCUGGAGGAGUACGACUUCCGAAACGACACCAUCAAUCCCAAUCUUGACAUCGACUUGAAACCGGCUACCACUAUCCGGCCUUACCAAGAAACUAGUCUGAGUAAGAUGUUCGGCAAUGGUCGAGCACGGUCUGGUAUUAUUGUCCUUCCUUGUGGUGCGGGCAAAACCCUCGUGGGUAUCACGGCCGCUUGCACGAUCAAGAAGUCGACGCUCGUUCUUUGUACAUCAUCUGUGUCGGUCAUGCAAUGGCGCCAGCAGUUCAUUCAAUGGUCAAAUAUCACCGAUCGGCAAAUUGCUGUGUUUACUGCUGACCAGAAGGAAAAGUUCGCUGGUGAAAGUGGCAUCGUAGUGUCAACGUACUCCAUGGUCGCAAAUACCCAUAACCGAUCCCAUGACUCGAAGAAAAUGAUGGAAUUCUUAACUUCAAGAGAAUGGGGCUUCAUUCUUUUAGAUGAAGUGCACGUCGUCCCAGCCGCUAUGUUCAGACGCGUUGUCACUACGAUCAAAGCGCAUUCCAAGCUAGGCUUGACAGCUACCUUGGUCCGAGAAGACGACAAGAUUGCCGAUUUGAAUUACAUGAUUGGGCCUAAACUUUACGAAGCCAAUUGGAUGGACCUUGCUGCGAAAGGACAUAUCGCCAACGUUCAGUGCGCGGAGGUGUGGUGCCCAAUGACCCCUGAAUUCUAUCGGGAGUAUCUUCGUGAACAAUCUCGGAAGCGAAUGCUCCUCUAUUGCAUGAACCCAAACAAGUUCCAAGCGUGCCAGUUCUUGAUCAGAUAUCACGAGGGUCGGGGAGACAAGGUGAUCGUCUUCUCCGACAACGUCUACGCUCUCGAGGCUUACGCCAAACACCUCGGAAAACCCUACAUCCAUGGCGCAACUGGUCAAGUGGAACGAAUGAGAAUUCUUUCCCACUUCCAACACAGCCCGCUAGUGAACACGAUUUUCCUCUCGAAAGUUGGCGACACCUCCAUCGAUCUCCCAGAGGCUACCUGUUUGAUCCAAAUCUCUUCUCAUUUCGGCUCUCGAAGGCAGGAGGCACAGCGCUUGGGUCGCAUUCUCCGAGCCAAACGGCGAAAUGAUGAGGGGUUCAAUGCCUUCUUUUACUCAUUGGUUUCGAAGGACACGCAGGAGAUGUUUUACAGCACCAAGCGGCAGCAGUUCUUGAUUGAUCAAGGAUACUCUUUCAAGGUCAUCACUCAUCUUGACGGCUUAGAGGAUCUACCCGACCUAGCGUAUCGGACCAAGGACGAGCAGAUUGAGUUGCUUUCAUCGGUGUUAUUGGCGAACGAAAGCGAAGCUGACCUGGGCAGCGAUGUUCGCGCGUCAGAGGGUGACCUUGCGGGCACGGUGACAUCCCUUGAUUUCGGCGGACCUGGUCGUUUCCCUGGAGUUCAGCGCACGACUGGAUCACUUACCGCACUUAGCGGAGCACAGCACAUGUCGUACGUCGAACAAAACAAGUCUGCCAACAAGAAGCUUGCCCGGGAAGCGCCUUCUCGUCAUAAAUUGUUUGCCAAACGGGAGAAGGACAAGGCCGCAGCCAAGAAAGAAGCCAGAGCGGCAGCCAACCUGGGCAGACUUUAA